AUGUGGAAGAAUUCCGGUCGAACAAAUGCUGAAAUUCUUCUCAAUUUACUCCGCGUAUUCAUCGGCGCCGUGGGAGGAUUUUGUCCGGAUGCCGUCGCAACCGUGUCCGAGUGGCGCCCAUUUUCUAGCAACAGUCAGGGCGAAGAAGAUCUCCAGAUCAACCCCCAAGCGGAGCUGUGUUACUACCACUUGAUUGCUAGCAAUAGAUUUCUCCUCCUGGAUUGCAUCAGAAUGACUGUCAGCAUUGAAGGCCCGCAUUCGCGCCACGAGAUUCAGAAGUCCGUGGAUGAAUACAUAGAUAGUCUCAAAGGCCGUUUAUAUCAGUUGAACAAGAGCAUCCAUGAAAACCCAGAACUUGCAUACAAGGAAUACCAUGCGCACGACGCCAUAUGCAGCUUUCUGGAAGAGCUGGGGUUCAAGCCUACACGUCACGCAUACGGGUUAGAAACCGCCUUUGAAGUCAUAAGCGGUUCGGACGAGGGAAGAUGUGUCAAUUUCAAUGCUGAAUAUGAUGCACUCCCGGGAAUCGGGCAUGCUUGUGGGCAUAAUCUAAUUGCGACUGCGAGUGUGACCGGAUUUAUCGCCCUUGCACAUGCGAUCAGCAAAUUUGGAAUUAGGGGAAAAGCGCAGCUGCUCGGGACCCCUGCUGAAGAGGAUGGAGGCGGGAAGAUCGACCUGCUUAACGCUGGAGCGUACAAGCAGGCUGACGUUUCCUUGAUGCUAGCAACAAUCAGCCAUCCUAUGUCAGACGCCCGCUUCCGCGAACACGGCGUCAUAGGAUCUUCUGGGUCAAGUUCUAUCGCCUGCUAUGAUAUUGUCUGCACUUAUGAAGGGGUUAGCGCCCACUCUGCCGCCAAUCCACAUGAGGGUAUCAACGCCCUAGACGCCGUGGUGUCGGCAUAUAACAACAUUUCCAUGCUCCGCCAACAGAUAAGACCGGACGAGCGGAUACACGGGACCAUAUUGCAAGCACCUAAGAUCACGAAUGCCAUCCCAGAACACACGGCCACAAAAUAUUCAGUUCGGAGUCCCACAAUCAAGGGCGUGCAAGAACUUGGAAAGCGAGUAUGCAAGUGCAUGGAAGCCGGUGCUCUCGCCACGGGGUGCAAGCUCAAGAUCGAAGAGAGUCCAAUUUACGCUGACCUUCGACUCAACCAGCCUCUCUGCGACGCGUUUCAGGCGCACAUGGGAGACCAGGGAGAGAAGAUCUUCUCCGGGGAGAGCGAUGGUCUGAGCGGCUCCACGGACCAAGGCAACGUUACCUAUGCUAUUCCAGGCCUGCAUGCCCUCAUCGGAAUACCAGUCACAGACGACGCGAAUAACCACACUCAUGGAUUCGCUGCUGCAGCGGGGACAGAGGUUGCACAUGAAAGGACUUUGAAGGGCGGCAAGGCGAUGGCCAUGACGGGAUUGGAUAUUUUGACGAAUGAUGACUUUUAUGCUCGGGUGAUCGAGGACUUUGAGAAAGAUAAGAAGCGUAGAUGA